GACGGCACCCCGUACGUCCCGCCGAAGAUGCCGCAGGGGGGGCGGGGCGCCUCGGCUUGCCAUCGAUGCUGCCACGACGGGGAAAAGUACGCCCCGUGCCUGGACGUCGACGCCUGCGCCGCCCAGGGCCCCGAGCCGGCCGCCCCCCUCGCCCCAACUCCCCCCGGGGCGCCGCCGGCCUUCGUGGGCGACCUGCGCCGCCCGAAGAGCCCGCAGCACCCCCGAACCUCGUGGCUGGGGUACAUCGAGGCCAUGCGGCAGCAGGCCGAGGCCCACAGCAUCGACAUACUGCUCGUCAUGCCGCACAACAACUCCGCCUCGGUCCUCCCGUGGCACCGGGAGUGCAUGGAGCAGUACAAGAUCAAGCUGCAUCUGGUGGACUGGACGACCAAGGCCGGCGCCGGCGAGAUCCUGCGACAUCUGAGUCGUGGUCGUCGUGUUUCUUCUCCUGAUGUGCCUCCUGACGCCAGGCUGGGACCCUUCAAGGAAAAAGGGCUGGUGUGGUCCCAUGGACCUCGUCCGGCUGCACGCCUUCGGCUUCACCGAAUACGACGCCGUGGCCUACUUCGACACCGACGUGGAGUUCCAGGGGGACGUAUUGCCCAUGCUGCGGUGCGCUGCGAGCGGCUACAUCCUCACCACGGCUGGCCCGAUGUCCACGAUCAACAUAGGUUUCCUCGCGGUCAGGCCGUCGAAGAAGUUGAUUGCCGCGGUGAUCGCCUUCGCGAGGCGGACUUCAAGAACGAGACUGGCUGGGCGAAUGCUGGGUUCGCCCCCUGGAAGUCCAAGUACGUUGGCGCGGAGUGCGGCCAGGGCUUCUUGCACACCCUGUUCUACAAGAGCACCGACGUCACCCGGCGCGCCUUCGAGGCGGCGGGCUUGCCGGGCGCGGCGGACGUCCAGGCGGCCAUGCUGGACGUGUGCCUCUGGAACUACCAGAACCACGCGUACUGUCCCAAGGAGUUCGACUGCGGUGCCAUCCGGGUGCACCACAAGCCACAUCCUUGGAAGACGCAGGCCGGCGACUGCGCGAAGCUCUCGGCCGUGUCGAGCAGCGGUAGCGAAGAGCCGCCGCGGUUGGCUUGGGCGUCGCACUUCGAGGUCGAGGAUGGCCCCCUCGCGCUCGGCGGCCAGGCCGUGGCGGGGAGUUCGAUCCUGAGCGACUUCGAGGUGGUCGGGAAGCCCCUGGGCCGCGGGUCCUUCGGCUCUGUGCGGAAGGUCGUUCGGAAGGGUACGGGCGAGGUCUUCGCGAUGAAGGCGAUGUCCAUGGCGCAGAUACUAGAUCUCAACUUGAGGGGCAACGUCGAACGAGAGAUCAGCACGCAGCGGAAGGCUCGGCACCCAAACAUAUUGCGGCUCUUCGAAUAUUUCGAGGAUCAGGAAAGCAUCUACCUGCUUCUGGAGUAUGCGCCGAACGGGUCGCUGCUGGACUUGCUGAAAGAUUGCAGGAGAGCGGCCGUGGCGGCCCAGAGUGAGCAGCUGGGUCUUCCCGAGACUCCCUCCGCGGUGUUUUUCCGCGACGUGGCGGGCGCCCUCCAGUUCCUCCACUGCAGCUGCGUGGUGCACCGGGACCUGAAGCCGGAAAACGUGCUCAUUUGCGCAGGGGGCGUGGCGAAGCUGGCGGACUUCGGCUGGUGCAACCAGCUUGUGCAGGGCGCCAACCGCAGCACCUUCUGCGGCACGUCGGAGUACCUCUCGCCGGAGAUGAUCGCCAACGAGCCCCACGGCCUCGGAGUGGACGUGUGGGCCGCGGGCGUGCUCCUGUUCGAGAUGCUGGUCGGGCGAUCGCCCUUUGCCGCGAGCCACUACGUGCAGGUGCUGAUCAAGAUCUCGAAGGUGGCCUACGAGUUCCCGGGCCACGUCUCCGAGCCGGCCCGGGGCCUGGUGGGCCGGCUGCUCGUGCGGGAGCCCGGCCGGCGCCUGCGCCUGGGGGAGGCGGCAGAGGAUCCGUGGGUGCGGGAGCACAUCCGCCCCCGAGCGGGCCCAGCCCGCCCGGGACAGUGGCAGCCCGCGGUGCUGCCGCCGCGGCGGCUGCGAGGGCGCGCCGCACGCGACGGAGGCACCCGCGGCGCCGCGGCGCGCCGCCAGGAGACGACGGGGGGCCCGCAGAUCUACGAGGCCACCGCGCGCACCAUCCGGGUGCUCCGCGCGGGCCCGCCGGGCGGCGCGCCGCACGCGCAGCUGCUCGCCGACGCCGGCGCCCAGACGCCGGCAGGGAGGGGCAGCGCGUUCUCUGGCGCCUCGGAGCUGUCGGAGGGCACCUGGUCGGCCCUCAGCUGCGACAGGAGCUCCCAGACGGGCCUGCCCGGCAGAGCCAGGUGCUCCGGCGCUUCGGCGCUGUCGGAGAGCACCUGGUCGGCCCGCAGCUGCGACGGGGCCUCCAAGGCGGGCCCACCCCGCUCGGCGAGCUCCGGCGCGCUGGAGGCGGGCCCACCCCGCUCGGCCAGCUCCGGCGCGCUGGAGGCCCUGGCAGCGCCCGGGGCGCCGCGCCCCCUCGCCGCAGCAGCCCGGGCGGCGUGGGCGCGGCGGGCGCGCUCGGGAAGGACCUGGGAAGGCGUGGCGGAGGGCUGCUCGGAGAGCCCCUGGUCGGCCCCGAGCCUCGACGGCAGCUCCCGGGCGAAGCUGCGCAGCACCGUGGGCGCCGGCAUCCGCGAGCGCCUGGCGAUGCGGCAGCGGAAGCUCACCGGCGCCACGGACGGCGUGCGCGCGGGCGACGCGCUCCGGAAGGACGACGCCCCCGCCCCGCUCGCGGAGCAGCUCCGCGGGGACACCUCGGCUCCCCGGCGGCGGCGGGCCACUUGCCCGGAAGCGGCGCUGCAGCCUCGCCCCGCCGUGCAUAUUCACAGCGGGUACGGGAGCGCCGUGCCGCCGCCCAGCAUCACUCCUGCGGGCGCCGCGUGGGCCGCCUGGGCGAAGGCCAAAUGACAACCCAUCCGGCGGAUAAUUAGCCUCUGCAGUCUGAUGCUCGGCUGCAAGUCCAAUCCUGAAGCCCACAGAUGUCAUCUUGCGACUGUGCCGCGCGAUGUUACCUGGUGCAGGCGGGUCCAUCACCCAGUCCUGCUUCUUUCGCCGCCUCCCCUCGCCCCUCCUCUGCUCCCCCCCCUCCCUUCUCUUCUCCUCACUCCUCUUUCUGCGUGUAAUUAGUAUGUUGGAGCAUGCACAGGCUGUUUGUAGGCAGGCGCAGCUGUCGGCGGCUGUGCUUCACACUCCUCGGUGGGCUCAUCUCCAGUUUCGGACGGCCGCCUCUUCGCGGAGACAGGCCGUGUAGUGGGCGCUGUUCCCUUCUCGACCUUCGUCCUCGUUCUAGUCCCUCCGCCCCCU